CUCUGUGAGGGAGUCGGCGAGAGACCAUGGGGAAGGACCAGGAGCUGUUGGAAGCUGCUCGCACUGGAAAUGUGGCUCUGGUAGAGAAACUCCUGUCUGGCAGGAAAGGAGGGAUCCUGGGCGGUGGAUCCGGACCCCUGCCCCUGUCUAAUCUGCUAAGCAUCUGGCGAGGCCCCAAUGUGAACUGCACAGACAGUUCGGGUUACACUGCUUUACACCAUGCAGCCUUAAAUGGACAUAAGGACAUAGUUCUCAAACUGCUUCAAUAUGAGGCAUCAACAAAUGUAGCAGACAACAAAGGUUAUUUUCCUAUUCACCUGGCUGCCUGGAAAGGAGAUGUGGAAAUUGUGAAGAUUCUUAUUCAUCAUGGACCAUCGCAUUCCAGAGUCAACGAACAGAACAAUGAAAAUGAAACCGCCUUACACUGUGCAGCUCAGUAUGGACACUCAAGAAGUAGUUGCUGUUCUCCUGGAAGAGCUCAAACCUAUCCUACACAUCAGGAACAGCAAGCUGGAAACUCCUCUGGACCUGGCAAGCCCUCUAUGGACGGCUUAGAGUGGUCAAAUGAUCAUCAGUGCACACCCUAACUUAAUGAGCUG